AUGCAUUAUUAUAUUCCACGAAUAUCUGUUGUCCGCCUUAACCGUGUAAACGGUACCCACUUGAAUUAUUCCAAUCAUCAUAAUAAUAAUAAUCAUUCACAGUACAAUUCAUCGAUGGUGUGUCUUCCACAAUCUGACCAAUUGGAAUUAAUCGGCGCUUAUAUUAUACCUGGAACACAGUUCUAUACAGUUACCGCUUAUCAAAAUCCUGAUGUUAUACGUAUCAAAAUUAAUAAUAAUCCAUUCGCCAAAGGAUUUCGUAAUCGACAAGAUCAAGAUGACCUGAGCGAUAUGGCAAUGCUGUCAGCUAUGAAUAUAAAAAGCAAGUACAUGAUGAUGAUGAUGACGACAACGACGACAGCGAAAGAAGGAACAUUCAACUCCCUGAACACAAUCGCAUCAUCAUCAUCACCGUUGUCAACACCAGUUCUUCCAACGUCCUCCUCAUCAGGAAAUUUGACUUUUACACAGAAGCAGACAACUCCACAGUUAUUCGAAUCAGGGUUUUAG